AGCCCCGGACGCGAAAAGUAAAUGGAAACGCGGUUUCAACGCGUCUCCUUCCAAAGCCAACAACACCGGUCCCGACUCAGAAUACCAGAAAUCAAAAGCAUGAUGGAGUUCCGAAUCUAACAGCGCCGGCACUGAAUGUCUGAACUCGUAAUCAGAAUCUCAAAUUGACAGCAUGGCGGCGACGUCCAUCGUCUCGCGGCCGCGGCCACGGCCAGCGCACACCCAGGGCACCACGCGCUGCGCAUACACGCCCGACGGCACAAAGCUGGUCACGGUCGGCUCCAACAACACCAUCCGUCUCUACAAGACGGGGUUCGACGGCGAACCCACAAACAUCGACGACUGCCAGGAACAGAACCUGGCCCUUGCCACGAGCAACGACUUCUUCAUCGCCGGCGCCGAAGAUGGCACCGUCAGCUACUACUCGCUCGAGCAAAACAUGUUCGACAAGUUCCUGCUCCGCACCGCCCUGCCCGUCCGCGACGUCGCCGUCUCCCCCGACAACAAGUGGUGCGCCGUGGCCAGCGACGAGCUGACCGUCAAGCUAGUUAGCAUCGCCGACAACACGAAGCUGCUCACCCUGAAGGAGCAUGGCAAGCCGACCAAGCACCUCUCGUUCGAUCCCAAGGGUAGCAUGCUGGCUCUUUCAUGCACCGACGGAGUCAUCUACGUCUAUUCUUUGACGGCCGAGCAUCCGGAGCUUAUCCGCAAGGUCGAUGGUGUCAUUGGACGGAUCGAAACGGAAUCCGAGGCCUCGUGUAGGGCGGCGUGGCACCCCGACGGCCGCGCAUUCGCUGUACCAACGCCAACAAGGGAUAUCCAGGUCGUGUCCAAGAAUGAUUGGGAGAAGCAGCGCGUUUUCUCCCAUGGUCACGAUGGCGACAUCACCUCGGUUGCCUGGUCUCCGAACGGGGCCCUCCUCGCAUCGGCGGGCAAGGAUAAGAAGCUGCUGAUAUGGCAGACCAAGGACCAGGCGGUCAUCGCGAGAUAUGAGUACCCAAAUGUCAUUGACAUUGCUUGGCACCCGACCAAAAAUCUGGCAUCUUUCACCACUUCCGAUGGCGAGGUCUUCAUAUGCGACGAGUUUGUCCCAGAACAAUUUGUCUCCCUGUUGAGCCUACCCAAACAGUCUGCCCCGUUCAUCCAUGACCCUCUAGCAGAGAUUGGCCCCAAUGGGCGCAGGCCAGAGACAAACGGCACCAGCUUGCCAUCACGCCCAAGGAGGGGGUCCUUGGACAGUCUUGACGAUCUCCUGGACGGUAAUUUGGAAGACGACGAUGACGGCUUUGUGGUGGAUGAUGAUGGGGCCGGUUACACACUCAAUGCCGCCAGGAAACGUGCCGCUGACGACGAUGACGUCUUCGACCAGCGUCCCAGCAAGCGUGGGAACUUUGUCCAGCCGCAGCUUCACCCAUCCUUCCAGCCGGGAUCAACUCCUUGGCGUGGCAACCGCAAGUAUUUGUGUCUGAACCUGAUCGGCUUCGUGUGGACAGUGGAUCAAGACUCCCAUAACACCGUGACGGUGGAGUUCUACGAUCACGAAUACCACCGAGACUUUCACUUCACCGACACGUUCCUCUACGACAAGGCGUGUCUGACCGAGAGGGGCACACUCUUUUCCUGCCCGCCUAAAGACGACGCUCCAGCAGUCGUCUUCUACCGCCCGCAUGAGACAUGGACGCAGCGGACCGACUGGCGCAUCGAGCUGCCCAAGGGCGAAGCAGUCUUGGCCAUGUCGCUCAGCGACACGUUCAUCACCGUGACAACUACUGGGAACUAUGUCCGGAUAUACACAUUGUUUGGCAUUCCGUACCGGGUAUAUAGACCCAAGAGCACGCCCAUUGUCACCUGCGCCAGCUGGAGGGACUACUUCCUGACCAUGGGCAACGGGCCCGUCGGCGCCGACGGCAUGUGCCGGCUGCUGUACACCAUUGAAAACAUUAAGCGGGACGAGGUCUGCCAGAACGAGGAUACGGUAGCGCUGCCAGAAGGCGCCACGGUCAAAAGCGUGUUCUUCUCCGACAACGGGGACCCCUGCAUCUACGACUCAACCGGCACGCUCCUGACCCUCCUCCACUGGCGCCAGCCUUCUCGCGCCACCUGGAUUCCGCUCCUGGACACCAAGCUGCUUCCACGUCUCGCCUCGGGCCGCAAGCGCGAAACCUACUUCCCCAUCGCCGUCGCCGACAACAAAUUCCACUGCAUCAUCCUCAAGGGAGGCGACCAAUACCCUUACUUCCCGCGCCCCCUCCUCUCCGAGUUCGACUUCUCCAUCCCCUUGACCUCGGCCCCUGCCAAAAAGCCCCGCAAAAACAAACCCACAAACCCCCACGGCGGCAACGGCUCGGACGAAGAGAUGCUCUCCUCCCCCGACUCCGACACUGAAGAGCCCACCCCGCAAUCCGAAUCCCUCGCGCUCACUCAGACCUACCUCCAGAAAUCACUCCUCGCCUCUCAGCUCGCCGACCUGCUCUCCGCCACCCGCCCCACCGCCUCCCAGCGGGCCUUGCUCGCGCGUCUCGAAGUGGACAUCGACAAAACGCUCCUGCAGAUGCUGGCCAUCGAGUGCCGCGAAGGCGGGGAAGAGAGGGGCAUGCGCGCGUUGGAGAUUGUUCAGCUGAUGCGGGAUCGCAGUGGGCGGAUGGUGGAGGCGGCCGGGAAGAUCGCGGGGAGGUAUGGGCGGGCUUUGCUGGGGGAGAAGAUUAGGGAGUGGGGGGAAGAGGUCGCUGGUGGCGCGGGGGAUGGGUGUGAGGAGGGGGAUGAGUUUGAUUAG